UGCUUUUGGGCGUCACUGGCAGCAUGGCAGUGACUCAGAAACUGAAGGCUGAUGUGGCUCGAGAUCACAAGGCUGGGAUCUCGAGCUCUUUGGCGAGGAUUUUUAACACAACUGGAUAAUUUAAAUAAUCACACGGACAAACAGGGUAUGCCAGGCUCCAGGUACGUUGGUGUUGAGGGUUGGAGCAGUAAGCAGGUCGCUGGCUGGCUCAGAGAUCAGGGGUUUCGUGAAUAUGUGGAUCUCCUGUGCUCUAAGCACCGUUUGGAUGGUGCCAGUCUGCUUUGUCUUACUGAGACUGACCUGCGAUCUCCUCCACUGGAGCUCAAGGUGCUGGGUGAUAUCAAGAGAUUGAUGCUGGCUGUGCGGAGGCUACAGAGACAACACACAGCCCUCACACAGUCCAGGUCAGAGGUCAGUGCAUUGUCUCUCAUACACCCUGAAGGAUCAGACCGUGUCAUCUCUAAUGGCUUCGCAGAGCGAGGGUCAGGAGACCAUCAACACUGUAAUGGGGGGGUCACUACAGUUGGUGGGGAACAUAGUUACUCGAAUGGCAAGCGUAAACAGUAUUGUGUUCGGUUGGACCCGGAGUACUGGAAGACGGCACUCAGCACAAUUUACGCCAUGUUGGUGUGCGGAGUGACAUCAUUCGUCAUGGUACUAGUGCAUGAGCGGGUUCCUGACAUGAGGACAUACCCACCACUUCCGGACAUAUUUCUAGACAGUGUUCCCAGAAUUCCCUGGGCCUUCGCCAUGGCUGAAGCAUGUGCAGUGGUGUUGGGUUCCAUAUUAAUGCUGGUGUUGUUGAUGCACAAACACAGGUCCAUUUUGUUUCGCAGGCUGUGUAAUUUGACAGGCACUGUGUUCUUGCUCCGCUGUGUCACAAUGUUUGUUACUUCGCUGUCUGUACCUGGUCAUCAUCUGCAGUGUUCAGGCAAGAUGUAUGGGGAUGCAUGGGCAAAAGUGCAGCGUGCAUUGGAAAUCUGGAGCGGGCUUGGCAUGUCUUUAACUGGUGUUCAUACAUGUGGUGAUUAUAUGUUCAGUGGACACACUGUUGUUCUCACCAUGCUCAACUUUUUUGUCACUGAAUACACGCCACGUAACUGGAACUUCAUCCACACCAUGUCUUGGGUGCUAAACCUGUUUGGAAUCUUCUUCAUCUUGGCGGCUCAUGAACAUUACUCCAUCGACGUCUUCAUCGCGUUCUACAUCACCACCAGACUGUUCCUGUACUAUCACACGCUAGCAAACACGCAAGCCUAUCAGCACAGCCGCCGAGCCCGUAUCUGGUUCCCUCUCUUUUCUUUCUUUGAGUGCAACGUGACCGGACCUGUUCCAAAUGAGUAUGGCUGGCCGUUCUCCAAACCCUCCUUCAUGAGGAUGCUUCUGGGAUAGGCCAUCUCUGAUUAUGUCAAGCUUUAUGUUUGGAGCCCUGGGAAAAUAAUUUAUUUUUAUCUAUGGCAUUUGAUCACUUUCUUGAAACUUCCGUUUGUACUUCUUUGUUAUUGUUUGUUUUGCUGACUAACAUUUCUUAUAAUUUCACCAAAUCUACCUAUACCAAUCUAUACAGCAUAUGUAUUUUCUCUGGAAAAUUUAUCAUACAAAAUCAUUGUGUCAAUUCACUGGUGAAACAGUUUUGAGAUUUUACAAUUGCAGAUUUAUGUUACACUAACCAAUAAGCAUGCAGUUUUUAAACUCUUGGAGACAUACAGUAUGUUUAACUGGAAAAGCACUGAUAUACAAUUAGUCUUAAUUAAAUAAUAAUACAUGAUAGGACCUAUUCUAAGUCUUGACACAUCGUAAUGGUGUACAGUCUUACAGCCACAGAGAUAUAAUGCUUAAUUUUUGCUAACACAUUUUUUGACACUUUGUUUUUAAUAUGUGGCCAUUGUAUAGAUAAAUAAAUGUUUUAUGUGAUUCCAGGAAUAGACAAGGAUUUUGAAAUGUUUUGCCAAUAUGAGCAUCAUAUACAUGUUCAGUACUUUUACAUGGACUUUAAAGGGAGAUGCAGCAUUUUCAUUUACCCGUAUGAUUUUUGUGUUUGUUAGUUUGUGCAUGAGGUAUUUGUGAAUGUAACAGAUUUAUAAAACGGUUUCUUUCUUUUCUGUUUUAUUUAAAUGUACCUUGAUGCUAACAAAAGUCUUAUCACUUGGGGUACCUGGAGAAUACUUGUACAGGAAUAAAAGUUUACAGACUCACUGAACACAUUUAUGUUUGUUUUAGUAUGACAAAUGUCAAUUGUGUUGUAGAUUAACUUAUUAGUACAGUUUCUGUUUAUAUAGUUAGGUGUGAUGCAUCAGAAUUUGCAGUGCUGUUUGACUAGAGAUUAAAUGAUUUAACUGUUUAUCCUGA